UUGCUGCUUACAGUGCAGUCAUGUGCAGUCAUGUGUCAGCAGCGUGAAGAGCAGUGGGCUGAGUUGAUUCACUUGUUUGAAUAUCAAAGAAGUUUUUGCAAUGAUUCCUUGCACUUUAAUCCAUGUUCUGCUCUGUAUUUUAUUCUCUAUUCCUCUGUCUUACACAGUCACACACACACUGCAGUACAUCCACACUGCAAUCACACCAGGAAUAAAUUUACCAGAAUACACUGAUGUUGGUCUGGUUGAUGGAGAGACAUUUGUAUACUAUGACAGUAAAAUAAGGAAAUACAUCCCAAAAACUGAGUGGAUAAAGAGGAUCACUGAUGAUGAUCCAGACUACUGGAGCAGUGGGACACAGAUUCAGAAUAAUGCACAGGAGAUCUACAAAGUUAAUGUGAUUACACUAAUGAGGCGCUUUAAUCAGACUGAAGGGGUUCACACACUACAGAGAAUAUAUGGAUGUGAGCUCCAUGAUGAUGGGACUGUUAGAGGUUAUGAACAGUUAGCUUAUGAUGGAGAAGAUUUCAUAAGUCUGGAUCUGGAACAUGUCACCUGGACUGCAGUUAAACCUCAGGCUCUUAUCACCAAAAAUAAACUGAAUACUGAAGGAGCUGCUAUUUUUGAAAAAGUCUAUCUGAAGAACAUGUGUAUUGAGUGGUUACAGAAGUAUGUGAUCUAUGGCAGAGAGACUCUGGAGAGGAAAGCUCGUCCUGAGGUAUCCGUCUUCCACAAACACUCGUCUCCAGAUGUGGUGUGUCACGCUACAAGUUUCUACCCUGCAGAAGUAAUGAUCACCUGGCAGAGGGAUGGAGAGGUCAUGCAUGAGAAUGUGGAGCUCAGAGAGACGUUACCAAACCAGGAUGGAAGCUUCCAGAAGAGAAGCAUACUGACAGUCUCACCUGAGGAUCUGCAGAAACACAACUACACCUGUGUGGUUCAGCACUGAAGCCUGGACAAGGAGAUAGUGAAGAUCCUCCUGAGAGAUGGAGGAUCUGCUGCACUGCAUAUUGGUUUUCUUGUUGCAGUCUUGGUUUUUGUUCCAUUUGUUGGAUUUGGAUUUCUCAUCUGGAAGAAAAGAAGAAAAACCUGAAAACCAGCACAAAAGAAGACACUUUUACUUUGGGUUUAUAUACAAAAGAUGAUGCAUGGAUGUGAGCUACAUGAUGAACGGACUGAUGGAGAUUUCAUCAUUUCACCAACGGACUGAUGGAUAUGGAACAUGUCACCUGGACUGCAGUUAAACCUCACACACUGGACACUGA